AUGGAACCCCAAAACUUCAAGAUCUUCACGUCAACGGCCAAGACUCUCCUCCAGCUCUUCCUCAUCUCUCUCCUCCACCAAAUCACAACCGCGAAACUCACCGACCAAGAACUUGACUUUGCCCUCUCUUCCCUCCGAUUACAAGGCUACUCACUUUUCCCCAAUGCCAUCUCCACAUCUGAUCUCCGCCUCCAACUUCUCAACCAAUCAACCACCGCCACGUCGUCACUUUCAACCUUCACUCUCUUUUCCCCGCCUGACUCCCUCCUCUUCUCUCUUGACCUCGCCUCCACUGCUCCUCACUACACCAAAUCCCUCUCCCUCCACGUGUCACCCUCUCGCCUCACCACGUCAGACUUAAGAAACUUGACCGCCGCCGCCUCCUCCUCCGGUGGACCCUACAUUGAUUCUUUGGUGCCAAAUCACCGUCUUUUGGUUAACAACUCUCUGGCGCUCCUAAACGGUACCGUCGUUGGCUCCUUUUUGGUUAAUCGGGUUCGGGUUUCGGUUCCGGAUCUUUUUCUUGGGUCUAACAUUGCUGUUCAUGGACUUGACGGGAUUAUUGUUGCUGGAUUCGAUGACAGAGUUCAAGACACGUCGUUUGAGGCUGCGACGUCGUCUCCGGCGGAUGCUAUUUGGUCUGCAGACCUGAGUUCUCCACUGACGGGGAGGACUCCAUGGCGGAGAAGGAAUGGACGGAACCAAAGGAAGACUAGGCGGAACAGCGACAGGAGAAGGAAUAAUCGGCGAGGGAGGAGAUUUAACGGUGCCCAUGGUGGGGGUAUUGUCGGCGGCGGCACUCAUGGUGAUGCUGUUACGCAUGGUGCAUUUGCAAAGUUCCAUCACCUUUGA